UCCAUUGGCGGAUCUCCCGGACUGGGCCCGAAUUUUACCUUCUGAUUGGUGUUCGGACAGGAAGCGCGGCUGUGGGGCUGAAGCCCGACGCUUUGCCCUUACUUCUCUCUCUACUUUAUUCCCAAGCAGGACGUGUGUGUGUGGUGAAUGUGCGGCUCCACUGGGCUUGAACGGUGCGAUGAUAAAAGACGCCUCUGCGGUAGGCUACACACCUAUCCCAGAGCCAAAUAGCCAAGAAACAUCCUGAGGCCGUUCCUCCGUAUCCCCGUAAGCGUUUGGAGCGUAACCUGAAGUACCAUGUCCAGGCCACUAGGCGGCGGCCUGAAUGAUGUCACCCGCUUCCUCACGUCGGGGGUGGCUCCAUCUUCCCCCAGCGCCAAAGCGCCAGUGUUCUCCGCCACUGGCCAGGCCGACUGGGCGGCCAAGCGUCUGGUAUGGGUGCCGUCGGAGAAGCAUGGCUUCGAGUCGGCCAGCAUCAAAGAGGAGCGCGGCGACGAGGUGGAGGUGGAGCUGAGCGACAGCCAGAGGCUGCUGACGCUGUCCCGGGAGGAGCUGCAGCGGAUGAACCCGCCGCGCUUCAGCAAAGUGGAGGACAUGGCCGACCUCACCUGCCUCAAUGAAGCCUCCGUGCUGCACAACCUGAGGGAGAGAUACUACUCAGGCUUGAUCUACACCUAUUCGGGGCUGUUCUGCGUGGUGGUGAACCCCUACAAGAACUUGCCCGUCUACACCGAGUCCAUCGUAGAGAUGUACCGGGGCAAAAAGCGCCACGAAAUGCCGCCGCACAUUUACGCCAUAUCUGAGGCGGCCUAUCGCAGCAUGCUGCAAGACCGAGAGGAUCAGUCAAUCCUGUGCACGGGCGAGUCGGGCGCCGGCAAAACGGAAAACACAAAGAAAGUCAUUCAGUAUCUGGCUCAUGUGGCGUCCUCUCACAAGGGCGUCACUCCCAGGAGCAAAGAUGCUUUGCAGAUUAUGCAAUAUGGCGAGCUAGAGCGACAGCUGCUACAGGCCAACCCCAUACUGGAGGCCUUCGGCAACGCCAAAACUACCAAGAAUGACAAUUCCUCAAGAUUUGGUAAAUUCAUUCGGAUUAAUUUUGACGUGGCGGGAUAUAUUGUCGGCGCCAACAUUGAGACCUACCUCCUGGAAAAGUCCCGGGCCACCCGUCAGGCCAAAGAAGAGCGGACAUUCCACAUCUUUUACCAGAUGUUGCAUGGAGCUUCCGAGAAUAUGAAAUCGGACCUGCUCUUAGGAACUGCAGACGAGUACCGCUUUCUCGGCGGGGGUGCCAUCUCUGUUCCUGGUCAGAGUGAUGGGGAGAACUUCACUCAGACUAUGGACUCCAUGGCCAUAAUGGGCUUCAACCCAGAGGAGCUGUUGUCCAUGCUGAAGGUGAUCUCCGCCGUGCUCCAGUUUGGGAACAUUACCUUCACAAAGGAGAAGAACCACGAUCAGGCGUCCAUGCCCGACAACACGGCGGCUCAGAAACUCUGCCACCUGCUGGGGAUCAACGUGCUGGAGUUCACCCGGGCCAUCCUCACACCCAGGAUCAAAGUGGGUCGGGAGUACGUGCAGAAGGCCCAGACCAAAGAACAGGCUGACUUUGCCGUGGAGGCCCUGGCCAAGGCGACGUACGAGCGCCUCUUCAGGUGGCUGGUGCACAGAAUCAACCGAGCUCUGGACCGUAGGCAGAGACAGGGAGCCUCCUUCAUCGGCAUCCUGGACAUUGCCGGGUUUGAGAUCUUCCUGCUGAACUCUUUCGAGCAGCUGUGCAUCAACUACACCAACGAGAAGCUGCAGCAGCUCUUCAACCACACCAUGUUCGUCCUAGAGCAGGAGGAGUACCAGCGAGAGGGCAUUGAGUGGAAUUUCAUCGAUUUUGGCCUCGAUUUGCAGCCCUGCAUCGAUCUCAUUGAAAGACCGGCCCAGCCACCCGGCGUUCUGGCCCUCUUGGAUGAAGAGUGCUGGUUCCCUCGAGCGACGGACCAGUCAUUCGUGGAAAAAGUGACCAGCCAGCAAGGCACCCAUCCCAAAUUUUUCAAAGCCAAGCAGCCACGCGGCGAAGCUGACUUCUCCAUCAUCCACUAUGCUGGAAAGGUUGACUACAAAGCCAACGACUGGUUGGUCAAGAACAUGGAUCCUCUCAACGACAACGUGGCGUCUCUCCUCCACCAGUCGUCCGACCAUUUUGUCUCCGAGUUGUGGAAGGAGGUGGACCGCAUCAUCGGUCUGGACCAGGUGUCGUCGUCGAACGAGAGUAGCGGGCAAGUCGCGUUUGGCGCAUCGGGACUGAAGACCAAGAAGGGAAUGUUCAGGACCGUGGGCCAGCUGUACAAAGAGUCGCUGUCCAAACUGAUGACCACGCUGAAGAACACCAACCCCAACUUCCUCCGCUGCAUCAUUCCCAACCACGAGAAGAGGGCCGGCAAGCUGGCGCCACACUUAGUUCUGGACCAACUCCGAUGCAACGGCGUCCUGGAAGGGAUUCGUAUCUGCCGACAAGGCUUCCCCAACCGCAUCCCCUUCCAGGAGUUCAGACAGAGAUAUGAGAUUCUGACUCCUAACGCUAUUCCUCGCACCUUCAUGGAUGGAAAACAGGCAUCAGAACUCAUGAUCAGAGCCUUGGAGCUGGAUCCCAACCUGUUCCGGGUGGGCCAAAGCAAAGUGUUCUUCAGAGCCGGCGUGCUGGCGCACCUGGAGGAGGAGCGAGACUUGAAAAUCACAGACACCAUCAUACGCUUCCAGAGUGCAGCGAGAGGCUUCCUUGCACGCAAAGCCUUCACGAAGAAGCAGCAGCAGCUGAGCGCUCUGAGGGUGAUGCAGAGGAACUGUCAUGCUUAUCUCAUACUCAAGAACUGGCAGUGGUGGCGACUUUUCACAAAAGUGAAACCGCUGCUGCAGGUGACCCGGCAAGAUGAGGAGAUCCAGAUCAGAGAAUCAGAGCUGCUAAAAGCCAAGGAAAGACUGGUCCGAGUGGAGCAAGACUUCACCGAGCUGGACAAGAAACACUCAGUGCUGUUGGAGGAGAAAGCGGUGCUGGCCGAUCAGUUGCAGGCCGAGGCGGAGCUGUUCGCCGAAGCCGAGGAGAUGCGCUCCAGGCUGGCCAGUCGCAAGCAGGAGCUGGAGGACGUGCUGACCGAGCUGGAGAGCCGUUUGGAGGAGGAGGAGGAGAGGGGCGUGCAGAUGCUUAACGAGAAGAAGAAAAUGCAGCAGAAUGUUCAGGACCUUGAGGAUCAACUAGAAGAGGAGGAGGCUGCUAGACAGCGCCUCUUGCUGGAGAAGGUCUCCUUAGAAACCAAAGUCAAAAGUAUGGAGAACGACCUUCUGAGCGCAGUGGAGCAGAGAGAUCGCCUCAGCAAGGAGAAGAAGCAGCUGGAGGAACGCCUGAGCGAGGUGACCGACCACCUCACCGAGGAGGAAGAGAAGAGCAAAAGUCUGAACAAACUCAAGAACAAACAGGAGGCCGUCAUCGCCGACCUAGAAGACCGACUGAAGCGUGAGGAGCAGGCGCGCUUGGAGCAGGAAAAGUGGAAGAGGAGGAUGGAGACGGAGGCAAUAGAGGCGCAAGAGCAGCUGUCUGACCUGGGCCUCAUCUCUGGCGAGCUGAAGGGCAAUCUGAGUCAGAAGGACAAAGAGAUCAUCUCCCUGCAGAGCCGGUUGGAGGAGGAGGGCGCCCGCCGCUCUGAGGCCCAGCGCUCGCUGAGGGAAGCCAUGUCACAGGUGUCGGAGCUGAAGGAGGAAGUGGAGAACGAGCGAGGCAUGAGAGAGCGGGCAGAGAAACAGAGGCGGGACCUCAGCGAGGAGCUGGAGGCUUUGAGGACCGAGCUGGAGGACACCCUGGACACCACCGCCGCCCAGCAGGAGCUCCGGUCUCGUCGGGAAGUUGAGUUAAACGACCUCCAGCGCUGUGUGGAAGAUGAGACGCGCCGCCACGAGGUCCAGCUGUCAGAGCUCCGAGUCAAACACAGCGCCGCCAUAGACAAUCUGCAGGAGCAGCUGGACAACAGCAAGAGGGCGCGUCAGUCGUUGGAGAAGGCCAAGCUGGUGCUGGACGAAGAGAAGCAGAGUUUGAGUGCAGAGCUGAAGACCCUCCAGGCCAACCGCACGGAGAGCGACCGAGGUCGUAAGCGAGCCGAAAGUCAGCUUCAGGAGAUCACCAUGCGCCUCACUCAGGCCGAGCAAGAGAAGGAGGAAAAAGAGGAGCGCAUACACAAGUUACAGAAUGAAAUUGAGAAUCUCUCCAGCAAUCUGUCAUCCUUUGACAGCAAAUCCCUCCGUUUGUCCAAAGAAGUCGCCAGCUUGGAGAGCCAGCUUCAUGACGCACAGGAAAUCUUGCAGGAGGAGACCCGCCAGAAGUUGGCUCUGGCUACUCGGGUGCGAGCGCUGGAAGAUGAGAGGCAGGGACUGAUGGAGAGAGUGGAGGAGGAAGAGGAGAAGUCCAGGGAGUUGACUCGGCAGCUUCAGACUCAGACACAGCAGCUGUCGGAGGUGCGCAAGCAGUCGGAGGAGGUGAACACGGCGGUGGAGAGCGGCGAAGAGACCCGCAGGAAGCUCCAGCGAGACCUGGACGCCGCCAUCCAGAGAGAGAAACAGCGAGAGGAGGAGAGGGACCGCGUGGAGAGGCAGCGGGAGCGCCUCAGGGAAGAGAUUGAGGACAUGACGGUGGCCCUGCAGCGGGAGAGGCAGAACUGCACGGCUCUGGAGAAGAGGCAGAAGAAGUUCGACCAGUGUCUGGCCGAGGAGAAGGCAGUGGGCACGCGUCUGGCAGAGGAGAAGGACCGAGCGGAAGCUGAUAGUCGAGAAAAGGAGACGCGCUACCUUGCCUUGUCCAGAGCUCUUCAGGAAGCCCAGGACCAGAGGGACGAGCUGGAGAGGUCCAACAAGCAGCUUCGCCUGGAAAUGGAGCAACUCGUCAACCAGCAGGAUGACGUGGGAAAGAGCGUCCAUGAGCUGGAGAGGACCCGCAGGGCCCUGGAGACGGAAGCUGAGAGCCUCCGCACGCAGACGCAGGAUCUCGAGGAGGAGCUGACGGAGGCGGAGAACUCCAGGCUGAGGCUGGAGGUCACCCUGCAGGCACUCAAGGCUCAGUUUGAGAGGGAAAUAAGCAGCAGUGAAGAGAAAGGCGAGGAGAAGAGGAGGGCUCUCAGCAAGCAGGUGCGGGAGCUGGAGCUCCAGCUGGAGGAGGAGCGCAGUCAGCGCUCCCAGGCCGUGCUGACCAAAAAGCAGCUGGAAGCGGAGCUGCAGGAUUCCGAGGCUCAGGUGGAGACGUCCAGCCGCAGCAAGGAGGAGGCCGUCAAGCAUCUGCGGAAGCUGCAGAGUCAACUCAAGGAGGCGCUUCGAGAGCUGGAUGAGUCCAAGAUCACGCGGGAUGAGGUCAUCGCGCAGUCCAAAGACAACGACAAGAAAAUCCAAACACUGGAGGCCGAAGUGCUACAGCUCACUGAGGAGCUGGCCGUGUCUGACCGGCAGAGACGACAAGCUCAGCAGGAGAGAGACGAAAUGGCCGACGACAUGGUCAACAACAGCUCCGGAAAGACGGCGCUUUUGGAAGAGAAGCGUCGCUUGGAAAUGCGAGUCAGCCAGCUGGAGGAGGAGCUGGAGGAGGAGCAGACCAAUGCUGAGCUCCUCUCAGAGAGACAAAGAAAGAUGCAGUUGCAGGUGGAGACGCUGACAGUGCAGCUGCAGGGUGAGAGGACCCUGGCCCAGAAGGCGGAGGCGGGGCGGGAGCAGCUGGAGCGGCACAACAAGGACAUGAAGACACGGCUGGAGGAACUGGAGGGAACCGUCAGGGGCAAACACCGCCUCAGCGUCGCCGCCCUGGAGGCCAAGAUUGAAUCCAUGGAGGAGCAGCUGGAACAAGAGCGACAGGAGCGCGCCAUUGCCAACAAGCUGGUGAGGAAGACGGAAAAGAAACUGAAGGAGGUCAUGAUGCAGGCGGAAGACGAGAGGAGGCACGCCGACCAGUACAGAGAGCAGCUGGACAAGUCCAUGGUGCGCUUGAGGCAGCUGAAGCGUCAGCUGGAAGAAGUGGAGGAGGAGAACUCGCGCUCCAACGCGCAGAAGAGGAAGCUGCAGCGAGAACUGGAAGAGCUGACGGAGAACAGCCAAAGCAGGAUGCGCGAGAUCACCAGCCUGCGCAACCAGCUCAGCGUCCCCGAAUGGAGACCAGAGCAACGUGCUCCAUUGCAACUGAUGAUCCGCGGACGGCGACCUCUGGUGGACGACUACUCGUUGGACAACUCUGAUUCCGAAGAGCCGCCCGCCUCGCCAACGCCCUCCCUGGGAUUGCCCCGAACCCCCACCCCGUCCUCGGAGCACAGCCUGGACCCGACCCCGCCCACCUUCAACGUCAACAACGUACACCAAUGAUGUACCCGCACGCACACAUGCACACUACACUACUUUAGUCGAUGAAUUGCUUUCAAUUUUUUUUUUUUUGACCUUAUAAGGCCACCUUGUAACAUUCUAAAUGAAUUCACGUUGCAGUUUUAAAAGUUUCACGUUCGAAUUGGCGUAGAAAACACUAUAGUGUAUCCCUUUCAUCAAAGGUGGGCAACCUUUCCUUAUUGAAAUUAUGAAGGGAAAAAAAUAUAUACUGUACUCCAUCAAAUAGUGGCCGCUCUUCUAAUAAAAGUCUCCCUCAAUUAGACUCCUCAAGUUUCCAUUGAUCACUAUACAGUUGCUAACCAAAAGAGCAACAACUAUUUAUGCACCUUUGAACAGCAAAAUUCAACACCUCUCUUAGCUCCUGGCCAUUCUGUUACUAUUUAUUUAUUAUUUAAUUGUUUUAGGAAUUUUCAUAUUUGCGAUGAGGGCCACAUCGGAUGCUCUGGUACGCUCCCGGGUGGUUCACCAGCCACAGGUUGCCCACCCCUGAUGUUUAUAUGACAAAAAUUAAAAGGGCUGCUGCAGAACGACAAAUUGGACAAUCUAUUUGCAUAAGCCCCAUAUUUGAUUAAAAAGUGAAUUUGACCUCAUUCUUCUCGUGGGGCAAAUGUUAUGGAAUACGUGUUUUCAUACGCCGUGUGACUUUUUACAAGCGCCAUUUGCAUAACAAUUUACAAGCGCCAUUUGCAUAACGACUGCACUAUUUGCUAACAUUGCGAGGAAAUUAGCCAGACCGGCCCGUGAACAAGUAGCUCCCAUCCAACAUGUUCUAUAAUUCCGUAGCUAGUCUAAUUUAUUCAUCUAAAACAAGCUAUUUGUAUUUCUAUCAUUUAUAUCAAGCUAAAUAUGUUAAAGCUUACUUUUACUGUGCAAAAAUUACUCUUCAAGAUUCACUGGAGAGACAUUUUUCUACCAUGUCUGUAUCUGAAGUAAAACAACUUUUUUUUUUUUUUUUUUUAGACUGAAAAACACGGGUGUCUUGCACAAGGUAGUCUUAAUAUUUUUUUGUUCAUUACAUUUGAGCUGUAAAUGAAAGCUGUCAUAUGGAUGAGAAAAGGGACUAAAUCUAGUAGAAUAGAAUAGAAGACAUUUACCAUCAUCCAGCAUUGCUUUUGGAUGACUUUCCUUGGAGAUAAUACAAAUAAUGUAGGUUUAGAUACAAAUAGAGGCGACAAGUCGUACAAGUGAAGACUUAAGUAGUUUUUAUCAACUUGGCCAAUUCCCAACACAUAUUUCCUCUUUAGGUUCCUUUCCUGGAUAUUUGGGACUCAUUUUUAUAUUUAAUACAAUAAUGGCCUGGAUUCUCAAGGCACAAGUGGAGUAUGUGUCGUAAAUGGGGGGGGGGGUAGCAAAAUUGCAUGCUUUUGGAUAUCUUUAACUUGGAAUAAUAUCGCACUAGGGCAUAUGCGAUAUGUCUCACUUGUAAUGUACAUGACAUUUGACAGUCCAAUAAAUGGGAUGGACAUGAAAUGAAAAUUGUGGACUCGCAGUGUAAAUCCAGCCUUUGACAAAUGUGGUGACCUCUUCUGCCACACUAAGCUCAACUGGUUGCUAAACUUGAAGCUAAACGCUAAAGCAGUCUAGUUAGCAUUGUGUGGUGGGAACCGAAUAUGUUCAAAUCAUAAAAUAAAAGCCUGUCUUUUGCGUUAGUCAUAGUACAAACUAGGAUUUUUUUUCAAAUGACCUCAGGAGAAUUUUGUUCCAUCGUGACAUCUGCGUGCUCCAUUUUAAUCUAUAGCAUAGCGUUAGCUAUAAAGAGGUUUCAAGAUGUAGGUGUUUUUUGCCCCCGUUCAAAUGUUUCUGGAAUUGUUGUGAAUGUUUUUACUGUGGGUAAAGUACUAUAUACACUGACCCGGGUUUAUGUUUACCAAUAUGAAUGUUGCACUGGACCAGUACAGAACAAAGUUUGCGUUUUAAUCAGUGUUGACGUGCUCCCAUCCAUGCUAGGCUAACAUUAGCCGUGAUGGGUUCACGAGUCAAAACUACCAGAUGACAAAAUAAGUGUUUUAUGCUAAGUGCUAAGCUAAAUUUAGCAACAACAGGCUCUCAAUAAAUCGCAGCUAAAAGACAGCCAAAGGAUCUUGUUUGUCGCCAAUUAAGGACUUUUUAAGGUUAUUUGACUUUCACUAUCCAACCACCUGGACCUUACUCCAAUGAAAGAGAUUCCUAAUGUGCUUUUUGUUUUGGCAAUGUGCAAAUGAUUUGUAUUUUUACAACAUUGUGUAAUGGCUGCACAUUGCACACAAGCGAUGGGUAUAUUUGUCCACAUCAGCCUCUACUGAACAUGAACACGAGUGCGUUCACAACCGCAAACGGUGAAUGCUUGAAAACAACAAAGCUCUGUUCAGCAUGCUGAUUCUUAAGGUGUUUCUCAUCUGUCUCAUCUUCAUGGUUUGCUCAUGGCUAUUGUGCAACUUGAAAUAUUGCAAUUGUUUGUUAAUGAAGCUGUAUAAUACAUCUGUCCGGGUUCCACUUUUAAUAUAUGUUGUUGGUUUUCA